AUAAUAUCGCUGCAAUAUGUUUCUCUUCGACUCCAGUCGUGAUUCGAACCGCAGUACACCACGCUCGCUAUGCGACACGUAUGCGUCAGACACAGGAGCAACGAGUGAUCCUAACCCUUCAUGAACCUACCUAUUGCUAACGAGAAUCCGAAAAACUAAGCUUGUAGUACUUUGAUAUCCUUGUGGUUUACCUGAGUCAAUGCGGGAGAUGCACUCCGUGUCGCAUUGUGGUAUACAUGACAAGGUAGUAGUGCUUCAGCAACAUCGGAGACAAGUAUAAAGUAGGGCAUGAUCGUUCUUUGCUCAACAUCACAGCGAUAGUGAAAAUACCAGCUCGAACUCAGUCCCUCAGCAUCGCCACAACAUCAGUAUGUACACAUCUGCUCUCCUUCUUGGCGCGGUCGCCGUCCUGCUUGAUACCGCAUCCGCCCACGGUUUCGUCAAAGGCGUCAACAUCAAGGGAACGUUCACCAACGGUAGUGAUCCUGUCUGGUUCUACCACCCUGCGAAUAGUAGGCCCCAAACCGCAGGUUGGGAUUCUUUGAACCAGGACCUCGGAUUUGUCGAGCCCGCUUCCGUUGGUUCAGCGGAUGUUAACUGUCACAAGAGCGCGACCGCUGGACGUCUUUAUACCAACGUGAACGCUGGGGAUACAAUCGAGUUUGAGUGGAGCACAUGGCCUGAAAGUCAUAAGGGGCCUAUCAUCAACUAUAUCGCCCCUUGCAACGGUGACUGCACUACUCUUACCUCCACCUCUCUCAAGUGGUCAAAGAUCUCCCAAUCGGCGAUCGUAACACCAGGAACCUGGGUCACAGACUCUCUUAUUAAAAACAAUUUCAAGGUGUCCACUGUCCUCCCAGGCAAGCUUGCGCCAGGAAACUACGUCAUCCGCCACGAAAUCAUUGCUCUGCAUGGUGGUCAAAACGACAAUGGCGCUCAGUUAUAUCCUCAGUGUCUGAACCUGAAAGUUGGUGGUAGUGGCUCUGUUGCGCCUACCAGUGGCGUUGCUGGCACGAGCUUGUAUAAGAGGAAUGAGCCGGGCAUUAUAUUCAAUGUCUAUACGAAUCCGACGACAUAUACAUUCCCGGGACCGGCGCUGUGGACUGCUGCAAACUGAGUAUCGAAUGAAACGUGAGCAGGGUAGUGACUGGCGGGUGAUGACUUCUCUUCAUGUGCAUACUUCCUUCGCUUGCUAUCAUGUACAUACUUUCUCUUACCUUCUAACCUACCUACAAGAGCCUACCAAUUUGACUACUCCGAUGGGAGUUGCUUCGCUCACACCACGCAUCGCAUUACUCCAUACAAAAUGUAUUUAGACAACUUUCGCGCUGCCAUUCAUUCUACUACCCCCGGUUGGACUACCAUGUUAAGAUAUCGGGCGAUUUGCGGCGUGAAGGUAGUAGGGAUCAGAUUGCCGUUUCCCUCGUGGCCGGUUCCCGGAUGACGGUAAUCAAUCAGAAUUUUCCUGC